UUAUGAGAAGGAAGCCCAAAUUAAGUUGAAAGGCUGAAAAGUCUUUUUGUAUGAUUCUUUGUGGGUUCUGUUUAUUGAUGUUCAUUUGUGAAAUUAUGAUUUGGGUUUAAAGAAUCUUCAAGUAUUAUUGUAAAAAGUCCUAAUUUCUUGUAUUAUUGUAAUUGUAUUUGAAGGAAUUAUCAGAUCCAGGUGGAUCUGUUGACUAAGUCUUGAUUUCCCAUGUAUACAUAUAUUCGUUAUUAGUAUUUUAUUCAUAAAGUUUCGAUCUUGAUGUGCCAUGAUGGUGAAAUUAGCGAUCAAGAUUAAGAAAUUUGUGUAGAAAUCAAGGGGGUAUGUUGUUGUUGUAAUUAGAAAUCUUUGUAAGUAGGAUUAGAAUAAAAAAAGAGAAAAGGGGUUUUAGAUGGAAGAGAUUCCGCCAACGGUUUCGGUCACUUUUAGUUUAACCAAUCCGAUUUCAGAGAACUCUUCCCUAGGAAAUCAUGUCGAUUUCACUCAAAUGAAGAUAUAUACUGAAACCGCGGUUAUUCAUGGGAAUUGUAAUGGAAUAACCGGAAAUGGAAUUGGAGUUGUUGGUGAUGAUAUUAUAAUCCAAGAAAGUGAUGCUGAUGAAACUAUGUCAGUUGGGGAUGAACCCAUUGAGAUUAGCAGCGAGGUGUUAGCCGUGAAUACAAGUUCGGGUAGUUUAAAAGCAGCAGUGAUGGCUAUUGAGGGUAUAGACAGCGGUCAAAUAGUUGCUAAGGUGAUUAGUUUGGAGGCUACCAUAGAAAGCAGCUCGAAUGAACACACUUUAAAAGCAUCUGUAAUGGCGAUUGCUGACAAGAAUCAUAGUAAAGUAGUAAGGAGUGUUUUCGAGGUAGAAUAUCUGCCACUAUGGGGAUCUCAUUCGGUUUGUGGUAAACGGCCAGAAAUGGAAGAUGCUCUGGUGGCUGUUCCUCACUUCAUGAAAGUCCCGAUUAAAAUGUUUGUUGCAGAUCAUGUAAUUGAUAUGGUGAAUCCAAAUUUGAGUGAUCUAAAUGCUCAUUUUUUUGGUGUCUAUGAUGGGCAUGGAGGAUCUCAGGUUGCCAAUUACUGUCGUGAUCGUGUUCAUACUGCUCUAGUGGAGGAGCUAAAAGUCAUGAAGCAAGAAUUAGUUAAAGGGACUAUCAACGACAGUGUACAAGUUGCGUGGGAGAAAGCCUUCGCUAACUGCUUUCAGAGAGUAGAUGAUGAGGUCAGUGGCACCGUUAGCAGAAGUAUCCCAGAAGUAAAUGGGGACCCAUCGAACAUAAUAACUUCUGAACCAGUUGCCCCAGAAACUGUGGGGUCCACUGCUGUGGUUGCAUUAAUCUGUUCAUCACAUAUUAUAGUUGCGAACUGUGGUGAUUCUCGAGCUGUCCUUUAUCGUGGAAAAGAAGCCAUGGCUUUAUCAAAUGACCAUAAACCAAACAGGGAAGAUGAAUAUGCAAGAAUAGAGGCAGCAGGAGGCAAGGUUAUACAGUGGAAUGGACACCGUGUUUUUGGUGUUCUUGCUAUGUCAAGAUCUAUUGGUGAUAGAUAUUUGAAACCAUGGAUAAUACCUGAACCAGAAGUGACACUCACAGCUCGAGCUCGAGAAGACGAGUGCCUUAUAUUAGCCAGUGACGGGCUAUGGGACGUAAUGUCAAACGAAGAAGCAUGUGAAGUGGCAAGAAAACGGAUCCUAAUAUGGCACAAAAAGAACGGCGGAAACACUAUUGAACGCCAACAAAACGGAGUAGAUCCUGCAGCGCAAGCAGCAGCUGAUUAUCUCUCGAUGUUGGCCCUCCAGAAAGGAAGCAAAGACAACAUAUCAGUAAUUGUGGUGGAUCUUAAAUCUCAAAGAAGGUUCAAAACUAAAUCUUGAGAUGGCUGGUUGGUUGAUCAGUAAUUUUAUGAUGAUAUAGUUUUUAUAGAACAUAAUUGAAUUUUAUCUUUUGUUUCCUCAUUGCUAGUCCAUUCAUUUUUCAAUAUGGGCUUUGAAUGUGUGUAUGAGAAUACUGUUAUUAUAGCUUGUAGAGACUGCUUACUAUCUUACUAAUAUAUACUCUUAUUAUCUUUAA